CACGCGGUUUGGUGUUAACAGUAUCAACUCAAUUCGAUGGUAAGAAGCAUGGAGCUCGCAAGGAGAAGAACUUGCAAGGAGCCGAAUCGUGCGGGACUUGUUGCGUAUGCUUUGCCAGCAGCGCGCUUAUGAAAACUCCGUGAUCUACCAGUGAACAGAGAGCGUAUAGUGCGCGUCACCGACCCUAGUCAAAUGUGCGCGACGGAUAUGCACCGAGAGACCAGCGGGAGCAUUUGAACUACCUCCUCGUUGGGAAGUGACUCUUGUUUUUCUUUUUUUUAAUCUGACGUCCAAAACGGAGAAGAAAAAAACAUACCUCGGGGCAUCGUCGUGCAUCGGGGGUAUGCGCACAUCCGUCAAAGUGUUUCCUUUGUUUUGCUAUACACGUCCCUGGUCUCACACUGAAAAAAAAAAACAGUAUAGCUCUCGCUACGUGGGCGACGUGAAAGUCGUAACUUACGGUUAGCGCGACACCGGCGUCAGGUAAAUUCACGCCUUAUACACUAUACCGCGAGCACAGAGGCGUUGCAUCAGAUAAGUGACCCUGUCGCGAGAGCGACGAAGCGGAUCCCCAACCGUACUACUACACACGCACUGAACAGUGUCACUCCGUCACGCCCUGGAGGCAAGGUAUAGCAACAGAAGCGAACUCACUGUAACACGCGGGAAGGUGAAGUAAUAAAAUCAAAAGAGAGCACGAGCUCGACUCGCAUUCCAGAUUCUGCUGUGUUCGCGUUCCCUUUAGAGUUUCCUUCCUUUUUUUUUUUUUUUUUUUUUUCGCUGGCACCAAGCUAGGCGUCCCUUCCGUAUAUAGGAAAGUCGGAGUGGAUGUACGCGCCGGGCGCACCUAUGCAGCGGACGGUGCUUCCUUAUUUGUUUGCUCUACGGCCGGGCGAAAAAAAAUCUGUCACGAGUAUUUUUGGUGUGUCGUCGCUCGCUCUCUCAUAGCUGUCACGACGAAGAAGAAGCGAGGCAACCCUUCUCACUAUACCCCAUCGCUCCCGUUUCUGCUGCUACUCCGCGCGCUGCCAGCCUUGCUCCCUUCUGUCAUUCUCUUCCACUUUUGAAAACUAUUUUGUGCGUUGUCUUCUCCGUUUCUUUAUCUUCCGCUCUCUCUCUCUCUCUCUUUCACUCGUUUCGUUGGGAGCGCGUGCAAGCGCCGACGCUGCCUCCUUUUCCCCCCUCCCAUACCCCGCUUCUUCUACGUCCGUUUUCGGUGCAACCAAACGCGCACCUGCGGGUUCGUUGACCUCUGGAAGCGCUAUAUUUGUCGCCGCUCCUCAGAUUCGGUUCUGCGGAUAACAGCCAGGCAGAACAGUAAAAGAAAGGAACUCCUCUUCCUUCUCGUCGUCGUAGUCGCGCGUGAAACAAACCAAGUCCGCGGACGGAACGAGUAGGGAGAAGCGACGUAAAGGCGAAGAGAGAAGACGGCGGCAGCGCCGCGCAUACCUACUACCUAUAUGACUCGAAUCGCGCGAGCACGCCGAAAGAGCUUUGAAUUAACUUUACGAAGGGGAAUUUAUGGCCUCUUCCCGAAACGUGGAGCCGGGACGCCGUAUUUCACCGGGGAUUCGUUCGACUAGAGCCGCCUAUUUCGCCGGCGUCAUUUCCGUCUCGCGUGUGCGUAACCACUUUUUGCGUUUCCGUUUUGCUUAACUCUUUCGCGUUAUACUACUUCGCGUUGAGUGGUGAAGCAGCGGAGUCUCUCGUCGCCUGCUCCACGGUAUACCCGCACCGGCCCGAUGGUCCGAAAGAAAUGCGCUGUCAUAAAACGCUAACACACUGCGGAUGCGACAGGACGGAGCCGUCUUUAACUUACGAACUUUCGUACGCUUUUUUUUUUCUUUUUUAAUACAGGUGCCGCAUGCGAAGCCCGUUCUUCAUGUCAGUAUGUUUGUACUACACAUACAUCGAAUUGCCUUAUUGGCAAAAGGACUUACUGCGACGCCACGAUGAUCUAUCUCUUUUGAUAUGACCUAACUAUCCCAUUAUCCUUAUUUUAAGAGCUUAUUCGAAUGUGAGAGAGAUGCUUUAUAGCGAUGGUAUGCACUGGCGCCGUAGAACGAGCACGUUUUGCAUUUUCCUGAACGACGCUGUCCAGACGUAUAUAUUGAGAGUUCGAGCAAUGGAGACAUCUAUGUAAGAGCUAUGCAACUGAGGUUGAUAUGCAAGAUAUAUGUACAUAUGGUUAUGAUGACGAUGAACGCCUACUGUAAUAUAACAGCCUUUCAUUUAGGUGUAUAACCACCGGGAUGCGACCGUCGGAGUAGCCUGGUGUAGUUUGUGGUGCAAGCACUCGUCUAAGCAGUACGGUUCGAAAGGAGCCUCUACAAUAACGCGGCCUGGCAGAAGCGGUUUUGCUUCUGCUACGGAACGAGCUACAGGCACGGUUGACUACACUGGAGGAUACCUUCGCUGAACCCUGCAUGCCCGUAUGAGCAACAUAUAGCCAGAUAUAUUCAAGCCCGGUCAGAAACAAGUUCGCUUUCAAAACAGCCUUUAUUCACUCAGUGAGGAAGCUAAGCUGGCCAAGCUGCGAAAGCGCCAGCUUAGGUGCGCUUAGGAAAUUUGAAUGAUAGCCACACGAGUAAUGAAAAGAAACGGUUUGCCCAAAAUAAAGCGUUUCUUCGGAUUAUAGAACACACACUGACUGAAUUAUUAAGCGAUAUUGUUGCGCCUUUCCAGCGACAGUGUGAGCCGCCUAAAGAUGCUGUGACGUCAUCUUUUGGUCCCUUCCUUCUACGAGGCAGCAUUUUUCAGUUUUCCGGUGCAGAGCAAAAAGUUUACGAACCUUAUUUCAGACGCUGUGCGCCGAUCGGCGCACACCGUGUCCUCUUUGUCCUUGCCUAGGUGACGUAGCACGAAAUAAGAGCGCGUCCGUGAACUUGCGGCUAAGCCAGCUUGUCUAGCGCCGAGCACCGAGCACGUCAUUGGUGGCCCCCACAAUUACCAUCCGCCAGUCGCGCGUGCAGUCCGCUCCCCUUUCCGCCGAAAUGUGGCUCGUGUAAUCCAAGUUUUCACUUGUUGCGUCAUAGCAGACGCUCUUUUACACACGCAUACGUCAGUGUCUUAAAGAACCGUCUGCAGACUUUCGUUAAUCUACGCCCGAGGAUCGAGCAAACAGUGCACCGCCUUUGUCGCCGUGCGGCCCGAUACAGCGUCCGUUCUGCCGCGUCAUGGCGCGUUGCUUCGUCAGCUUCGUCGCGUGACGAAGGUGAACUCUGAAUCGCAAGAUGCUCACGCUCAGCGUGGUCGAGUUCGAGGUGACCACGGUCACCGAGAUCGUCGUCCAGCACUCCCGCUCCUCGAGUCGCGCCAGCGGCGUGGAAUCGCCGGCGGCAGCCACCCCGAGCAAGGACUGCGGCGGGAGCGGCUUCGAGCUGAAGCGGCGCUCGGGCGCGUCGUCUUCGGCGACGAUGGACGACCCGUGUGGCGACGGCGACGAGACGCAAGCCAUCCAGUCCCUGGACUCCCUGAACGAGCAGAUCGUGCGCUACGUCCUGAGAUCGCCGGCAGGACCGGACGACAGCUUGGCCGGGGCACCUCAGCAGCGGCCCCAGCCAGAAGAACAGCCGCUGCAGGGAAAGAAGCAGCCGCAGCGCCCCCUUCCGGGCGCCAAUACGCACGAGGCGGGCGUCGGACGGGCAGGCGAGGCGACCGGGACGCUCGUCGGCGGCGGCCAUGAGCAGCAGGUGGCGCUGCAGUCCUCGAUGGCGCUCAUGCGCAGACUGCUGGUGGACGCCCAGGCCAAGUUCCGAAACAUGAUGGACGACAACAAGGCGCUCGCGUCUCGCAUCGACGGCGACCUGCAACAGGCUCAUCAAGAAGUGUCACAGCUGCGUGCCGAGCUGCAGGACACCAACAGCCGCAUCUCCAGCAUGGCCGCCGCCGUGCAGAUACCGUCGGCGACGGCGGGAAGCCCGGCCUUCCUGUGUUCCAACGCCGGCUACGCGUCGCCGUCUCCUCUGUCCUCUUCUGGUGAACCCCCGCCGCCCCCGGCGCCAAUGUCGUCGUCGUGUCCGCCAAACAUUCCUCAGCAGAUCAUACCCAGUCUGCUGAAGUCCUGCCCUCGAUGUCAAGAGGGCCUGCUAGAAGACGGCUACCGAACGGCGGACUCGGAGCCCAAGGCCGCCGUCAGCGUGCAGACGGACGAAGUGACCACGACGACGACCACCACCUCUGGGGCGAACGUGAACGGAGGCGUCCGCGACUCGGUCGAGGAGGACGACGGGGCAGCCGACUGUCUUCCGCUCGAGGAGCGGCUCCAGCGGCUGCAGGAGGACAAGCGGCAGCUCGCGCAGCACAACCUGAACCUGCAGAAGGAGCUGGACGAGCUCAGGGCCGCCCAGGCGAAGCAGAAGCUCUGCGCCCUGGAAGAGCACGACCGGAUGCAAGCGGAACUCAGCAGUGCCAGAGACGCCCUGUCAGCUCUGAAGCAGGACCGCAAGCGGCUGAAGGCGGAGAAGUUCGACCUGCUCAACCAGAUGAAGCAGCUCUACGGCACGCUGGAGGACAAGGAGAAGGAACUGCGGGACUUCAUACGCAACUACGAACAGCGAAUGCACGACAGCGACCACAGCCUCAAGCAGCUGGCGCAGGAGCGAGAGGAGUGCGACCGCGAGCGCUGGAACCUGCUGAAGCACGCUCGCGACGAGGCCGAGCGCAGCGUGGCCCUGCGAGCACAGCUGGGCAUCAAGGAGGCGCACAUCAAGCAGCUCCAGGAACAACUGCAGCAGGUUCAGGAAAAGCUGACGUACCUGUCAGACGUGGAGAGCCUCCAGGGCGUCGCUGGAAGCAGCAAUGGCUUCCAGCAAGGCGCGCUGUCUCGACGAAGCUGCCGCAGUCCUGCUGUUGGAAGCGAGCCGCCCGUGGUCACCCUGGGAUACGACUCCAGCCCCAGCCACCACGCGGCGAGCAGCGGCAGCGGCGCCAUGGACAGCCCCAAGAAGUCGCCGGUGUCGGCGGCCUCGGCGUCCGCGCUGCCGGGCCUCUCGCGAUCCGCCGAGGAGAUCUACCAGAGCAGCGGCUCGUCGGACGCCAGCACGCCCCGGGGCGCCCCCGGAAAGCCCAAGAAGCGCCGAGACGGCCGCUCGCCCUGGGGUUCCAUCUCCCGGGUGUUCCUCAGGGCGCGCCAGAGGAAGGCGCUCGAGCCGGCGCUAUACGGCACCACGACGGGCCCGGAGUCCUCGCCUCAGCACCACAGCCACCACCUGCAGCUCCAGCAGCAGCGGCAACGGUGCUCGUGGUCUCCACAGGGUGGCGCUGGUCCCAGCCUGGGCGGUCCUCCGCUGCUGACGCAAGAGGAGGCGGCCGAGAAGCUCCGCCUACUGGAAGAGGCCCAGGGGACGCCCAUGGAGCGCUGGAAGGCGCCCACGGUGCUCGCCUGGCUGGAGCUUGCGCUCGCCAUGCCUCAGUACGGACCCAUGUGUGCCGAGAACGUCAAGAGCGGCAAGAUCUUGCUGGAGCUUUCCGACGCCGAGCUCGAAGCUGGGCUGGGCAUCACUAACGUCAUGCACAGGAGGAAGCUGCGUCUUGCCAUCGAGGAGCACCGAGAACCCUCUAUAUGCCCGUACCCCAAGAUGUGCCUGGUGACGCACACUUGGGUGUGCGGCGAGUGGCUGUCCAGCCUGGGACUGUCCGCGCACGCGGACAACUUCCGCGCGCAGCUCGUGGACGGCCGAGUCCUGGACACUCUGAGUCGGCGAGACCUCGAGAAGCGCCUGGGGAUGGCGAACCGACACGAGCAGACGUCGCUCCUGCGAGGCGUCCAGCUCCUGCGCGCCCUGCGGUUCGACCUGCGUGCGCUGGCGCACAGGCGGGCGCACUGCCGGCACCUGGACGUGGACCCCCUGGUGUGGACCAACCAGCGAUUCAUCCAGUGGGCCCGGUCCAUCGACCUCGGGGAGUACGCGGAGAACCUGCGCGACAGCGGCGUACACGGCGCCCUCGUGGUGCUGGAGCCUUCGUUCACGGCCGACACGAUGGCCCAGGCGCUGGGCAUUCCCGUCUCCAAGAACAUCAUCCGGCGGCACCUCACCACCGAGCUCGAGAACCUCGUGCAGCCGGCCAGGAUGUCCCUGGAGGCGGAGGCCGUGGUGGAGAGCAAGCGUAGCGGUGAGCGGUUGUCCUCUGCGACGGGCUCCCUGGGCAGGAGCUUCGGCCGCUCCCGGGCACGCUCCUCCGAGAGGGGCGCCUCGGACAAGAGGCGCUCCAGCAUACGGGACUCCCUGGGCCGCGUGCUGGGCUUCAACUCGCUUCCCAAACCCAGCACGAGUGGUCUGGGCUCCUACAACGUCACGACGACAUCGGUGGUAAUGUCGAAGCCUCCUCCGGCGCCGCGAGUCUUUCGGCCCAGCACGCCUCAGCCGCAACCACGACCGCCGCCACCGCAGCAGCACCGGCGGGUGUUCUCCCAAGGAACCAUCGAGACGCUCACUGUGACGCCGGUGUGAAGGACGUCCUCGCCGUGUGCACUGUGUUGUGACAAAAGACUCGCCAAGACAGGACUUGGGAGCGUAUUCAGGAAUGUAGUUGCAUAUAGUGCUUAGAGUUCUCUGUACAACAACUUCCUAUGCCUAUGCGGAGACGCGCGGCUCACGUCGUUCGCAAAUGCCUGCGAAGGAACGUGCACGAAAAGGACGCAGUCCAAUGCCAGCUACGUUGUCGCCAGAAUGAAAGUGAAGGGCUCGAAGAAGAGCAAACGCUGAAGGCAAGCACGAGGCUAAAGUACUACUCGAAGCAUUAGCCAUGAAGAUACAAGCUCACUUAUGGAGUGUCUUCCUAGGUUCGAAUGCGACAAGACUUUCGCCGUUAUUCCAUAGUUCGUGUUGUAGAAUGUUUGACCUGAGGAAGGAAAUGCAAAUUUGAAAUAACGAAUGCGCUUUCCGUUGUAAUUUUGUUUUCUUUUUCUUUCUUCUCUUAUCCCGGAAGUGCAUGCUAAGCUUUCCAACCCAAAGUUGUGAAUUGCGAAGCUCGAAAAGCACAGUGGAAUGUCUGCUCCAUGAAAAAAAAAAAAGUGACCAUUGCGCCACAUCAUUGCAAAAGUCUAGCAUUUAUCACCUCGGGGGCGAAAGGCGGCGAAGAUUUCAGGACAUCUGAGCGUUUACGUCUUGACACCUCUGGGCCGGCCAGCCCAAUUGCACUCACACCCGUUAUUCAGCAUGCAUUUGGUAAAUUGAUCUUACAAUAGAAAACACCCUAUUAAGUACACUUGAACCGUCAGGUUCACAGUUACUGUUAUAGCAGACACACCAGUUGUAGAGUGACACAUCGGGGAAGAUUUCAAUUGCGGCUGCGGGCGCAAUCAGCGUCAUCGCACUAUACAAACGUGUAGAAUCUAGUGUUGGAGGAAACAGUGCCACUUGUAAGCAGCCGGCAGCUGCAAGGCGUCACCUCUGCCACGGGAAAAAAACGUUCGCGUAUGACACAUGCUCAUGCAGUCCCCUCUACAAUGGACCGCACUGAAAACAUGUCGCUGGUAUGCCGACAGUGAUAACAUCAUGCCUUUAAAAUGUAGUCUUCAUUUCCCAAUCUUCCUGAGAAGAGACAAGUUCUCAAUAGCCCUGAAACCGCACAGAAAGUCACGCCUUAUUUGGCACCGAAGCCUGUGCUAAGCGCAAGGGCAAGCAGUCGCACUGCACCCGCAAAAAGAAAGUUUGGGAACGGUUCUUGGUAUACGUUUGUCUUGCUCGUAACUUCCAUUUCUUUUUUGACCAAGCAUUCGAAGAAACCUAUCACAGAAAUAUUAGUAUCCCUACUCAUAUCGAGGAGAUAGGUUGAGAAUGUCCCGCCUUUCAAAUAGACUUGCGUUCGUCGUGGAAAGCGAACAUAGAAAGCGAAACUAUACCUCAGCGAGAAUACGGGGAACCGUAUACCUGACGCACGCAUCGUGUUCUGGUUGUUGGACCGCGUCGUUGCAAGAAGCCGGUCAACUUUGCCGCGACUUCUACUGAGAUGAUUUUCGUGCAUUUUCGCGUCGACGUGCAGGCUAGUUCGCGUCGCGCUUCCCAUUGGUUGUGAAAAAAAGAAGAUACGAGAGGGGAACGAACGAGAACGUGCCCGGUGAAACGUGUUGCGCUGUUUCCCGACGGAAAACUUCAUCGAGCCCGAGCGAGCGUCCACACCUUACCACCAAUUUCUUUCUUUUUUUUUUUUGCCCCUUUGCAUUUACGUGCAUCGAGGUCCACAUGUCUAUUCUAGCAUUCCUUGCGCGGCUAAGCGGAAGCAACCACGAGACACAGCUUCCCUUGGAACAUUGUUGCGACCUAUCUGGUGCACGUUGGGUGUGUGUGUAUUGCUCCUCUCUGUAGUGCGUGUGUACGCGUUUGUGGUGACGGAUCGCGAUUCUUGCUCAAGGUCGUCGGCGUCGCAUGGAGCGGGACUCGUUUACGGACCUGGCACAAUGAAUUCCGACGUUCGUCAAAGUUUGGCAGCACACUCGAUCUGUGCUGUCUCGCUGUCUUCUGUGGGUGGCAGUCUUCGAUGUCAAUAGUGUGUAUGUCAUACUUGCUGUUUAACUACUCUCGUGGAAGUGGAAAAGUGCUGCGUGUAAAACUUUCUUUUUUUUUGCGUCAGUGCUCACUUGGAUGUGAACAUUCUACAGUGCGCUCAAAGAAACAAAGGGAGUGCUGUUAGCUCCUGUUGGUGGGUUAACUGGUUGUUCCAUAUUUACAACUGCGGUCUUCGAUUGUUGUCGUGCGCCCCCAAACCAGCGAAAAGUCCUAACUCUAUAGACGGCAUUCCAACCUGAUAUAGGACAGAACCCAACCGUGCUACGUACAUCUGGGAUCACUACAUCCACACACGCCGAUAUCCAUACGCCCCUCCCACCAGCAUUUCGCCUCCGGGCGCCAUCAUACUGACAUACCAAUACACCGAGUAAAAUUUUGACCUUUGGGGCUUAUCUCGUCACUAAACAAUAACAUUCGAUCGUCCUUGUUGUGUGCGUUUCUAUCCUUUAACGCUCAGCGCCCGCUACAAUUCUGUGAAGAACGCUGUGUAAUGCUGAUACGCCAAUGGCGUUACCUGACGGUACCUGGCGCGCCGUGUUAAUGAAAGGAAAUGCGCGCAUGAUGGAUGGUGAUUACUGUGUGGGGACAAUACAAGCUCCGAAGGACGCAAACGUUUCUCAGAGUGAACGAAACCUGACGGAAUGCAUCCAGGCCGGCAUGCGGAUCACGCCACUGAGCCCAUGGUCUGAGUGAGGGUUUCUCGACGCAUCAAAUGUUUAUAUUUGUCCUCUAAAGGAGCGCGUUAACUGUUCCAAUUGGGCACGUUCGCUCUGCUUGCGGCUAAGCUACGGGAACGUACUCCAUGCAGGAGUACGAGGGCUCUCCCAAAGAUAGAUUUAAAUGUGAGAUGAACACUUACACCCGCAAAGGCGUGGCCUGCACUCUACGCAAGUUUAACAAGUUUAAUAGAGUACUGACACAAACAAUUUGAACAUUGUCCUUUCUAAUGUAAUAAGUAACUAAUGACCCAGUAAUCACGGAAUGAAACAUAAUCUGCAUCAGCACGCGAAGGGUAAUUAUUCGGAGCCUUGUUUGUAGCGACCAGUUCCAGCGUCAUAUUCAGAGGGCUUCGAGAAGCGUAACUUCAUGGGACGUUUUGUAAAGAAAGCUGGUAUAUAGCGUGCUUGCACAAAAGCUUUGACUUUUGCUAGUUGUGUUGCUCCAUCUGCGCGUACACACAGUGCUACGCAAUGUCCUCAUCGUUGUCCUCAUUUUGUCGUCCAGAGGCGACAAUUUUCUGCCAUACUAAUCGUUGCCACGUCGCCUUCGACCGCCGCUCCCACGCGACAAACCUGCCGGAACUUGCUGCUUUGCUUUCAGCAGCUGCCGACAGGCGGUGACACAAGUCUACACUAGCGCCGCCAUUGCAACAACUGGCUUCCUCGUAGACGAAGGCCCAAAUUCGCAUUAAAAGAAAAAAAAACCGGCAAGUGGCAGCGCCAAGUGUAUUGAACCAUCCGGACAGUAAAGUGCGAUCUUCCUGUACAUUUUCAAUAAGAACAAAGCAGAGGCCAGCGUAAAAUCAUUAUUUUUUUUCUUCUGCGCAUAUAAGUGAAACACGCGUGAGUACGACGCAGCCAAGGGUGCGCCACGAGCGACACAGCACCGUAGUGAGUGUAAACCCGGUCCAGGGAAGGGGGAAGCAAAAGAGCGGGCAGCACGCUGUGCUCGGUGCAUGGCAGGCAAAAUGGUCACAAGAACCCGUGACGUAACAUUGCUAUUGCUUAUGCCUCGAAUAUCUACAGGACAUCCCGCAUUCAUGACAACGCAGAGGGAGUGCUGUAUAUUUCGGUUGACUGCCCGCACAUACUUUAAAAUUGAAAUAAGUUUCAAGCUACGCCCGCCACUGAAAUUUCUACUUUCGAAAUUUUGUCACUAUUACUUCAAGAGCAAAAUGAGUAUUGGUAACUUGAGAGCUACGCCUUUUCCUCGUACUCUCCGAUGUAGCACGUUUACACCGAGUAGGCGCAAGCAGAGUAAACAUACUCCAUUCGGGAAUAUAAGAAAUCAUGGAAGUUGGAGUUAAAUAUGGCACUUUCGCGUAAUAGGAGUUAGCAGCACUGCGUAAUCUUAGGAGCGCUCGGCAAGUCGUUUGAAGCAGGUCAUUUAGUGUGAGUUUUCAGUUAUAGUAUUAAUUUUCUUUUCCGCUGAGCAUGUGUGAGAUGCUGGAUGCAUUCGCUUUUUAUUUUUAUUUAUUAUUUUUUUGCGAGAAAGGUGUUGUCUCAUCUUAUGUGUAAUUUAUGCUGCAUCAUCUUGUUUUGUGACGUUUUAUUCUGUGCAACUUACCAGAAAAAAAAAAGAACAGGCAAGUAGGGCGUAAUGCGUUUGGUUACAGCAUAAGACCAAAACAUGCAAAAUCUAAAUUAGAAAAAUUGGGCAGCAGCACAUUUUUUGUUGUCGUUGUUGCUGCUGUUGAAACACUGCAAUUCCAACAAAUUCUGGUGAAUCGUUGACCUAACGCUACUGAAAUACAGAUAUAACAAUCUUCUUUCUAUUCAAACUUUUGUAUUUCAUUUGCGUCAGCAUAAGUUGACGUCGUUAGCAUGCCUGUUAUUUACGCAUGUUUCAAGACUGCACUUGGUAAAGCUAUCUAGUAAACGCGAUGUCUAAUUGAAAAAUUUCUGAAAACGCAAAGCAUCACCUGCACAACUAUUUACCAGGAAAUGUUGUGCUCAUUUUGAGUUAUUUGCCAACUGACUCUUAUAUUUUCUGGCGGCUUACAGUAACUUAGCAUCCCGAUAUGCGCUGCUUUAGAUAUAAAUUAUGCGUUAUAUAGAUAUUGUACAUGUACAAAUAUAUAUUUAUAAGAAUACAUAUACUAUUAAAAGCCAGAGGUGUAUAAAUUUUAUUAGCUAUUCUCCUUUUUUUCUACCAGUUGCUAAAAUAUCGUAAGGUGCUGCAAUUAAUGAGCAGGCUUAAUUGAGUGAUCAAUAAUUUCAACGAAAAAAAAAUCUCAGACACCCAGCGUCUUCUGGUCAGUGAAAGAUAAUUAGGUAAAUUGCAUUUAUGUCUACAGUUUAAUCUGUUGAUAGUUUAAUCUGUCUGUAGAUUAAACUAUCCCGUCACGCCAAACGAGACGACAUAUAACGUCAGCUGGGAGGUGUAUCUUCACAAAACGUGGAAAAGCAUCGCAAAACAGAAAAGAAGGUCUGUACCGCACGUAGCACAUGAGGCCAUCUACAAGCCGGCACUGCUAUUUUUCGCCUGUUGGCUGUUGUUGGCAAUGGCUGUUGUUCGAAUGCGCUCAUUUGCUCUGUAGACCACUCGCACAGUGAGGUCAACGUUUCACACUAGAUUCCUAAGUGAGACGGCAUCCGUUUGCAUUGCGCAUUAGAAAAGCGCCCUAAGGGGAUCCGAACUGUGAGUUCCGGCUCACGUAGGCGGUUCUGCCGAGUAAUUCGUCAGUCAUAUAUUGUAGAUGUGUGCGCGAGAUAUGUAUGUACAGAAGACAGCGGAAAUAAUUAUGAAACCAGCGCGCGCACCGUGCCAAAAUGUAUAAAGGCUUCCGAUUAUACCUGCAACGCAUAGAGGAUCAGUACGUUAAUUGUGCGCAGUGUGAAUGUUACUUCACGAGCAAGCUAGCGGCCUCGCACUGAAAGGACACACCGAUUAUUGUCUCUCGUAUGUGAUACCGAGCAAUGCACAUGCACGCGCGAUGGUUUCGUUGUCGAACGGUGGGGCUCGCUCGCCGUAGUCUACUUACACGAUGUCGUUUACAAGAAGGCGAGGUGACGGUUGUUAGUAUCAGGUGUUUGCUUAACUGCAGGUUCUGUUACAGAUUUUGAAAAGCUGAGAGCAUUUCUGAGUAGCAUUUAUAGAGUUCCGCGUCGUCAUCUCGCAAGAGGUAAGGGAGCUGAAGUAUUCGUGAUUUUGUGGAAAGAGUGCCCGUCGCACAUGACGUUCGUGGACAACUAAUCUGCAUUUAAGUGCAAACUCCGAAAAGUGAGAGCACAUCUUAUGGAGAAAUCGUCGAGCUAAGACUUGUGUAUUCCUAGAACUUAGGCAUAGGACAUCUUCUUUUUUUUUGUUUCUGUGUGUCACACUUGAAGCUUGAAUGCGUGGCUAUCGCUUGCAGUGUCUACAGAGGCUGUAUACCAUGUCUACCGAGUGUGCUGCCGUAAGGCUUCUGUGUCGUAUCUAUGUGCGCUUGGUGAUGGUGAAUCAGAAUGUCAUUCCGGCGUCGACGAAAAAGCGCAGUGGCCUUGUUUUGGUAUCAGAAAUGCCGCCUUUAAAGCUGUGCUAGCUGUUUUAAAUCUUCUUUAGAGCGCAAUAUUAGGCGCCCGUUGCUGCGGCGAGCGUCGGCGUUCCCGGCGUGACCGAGCGAACGAGAACAGGGACAGACGGCAGAUGAAAAAAGCGGUGAGAGACAAGAGGCGCGAGGUGGAAAGGGAAGAGGAGGGUGAAGCGGAACCAGGAGGCGGAAAGCGGAGGAGGGUAUGGCGAAAGAGUGAGAAGAAAAGCGUAGUGCGGCGACGGCGGCUACGAGAUGGCGCCAGAGUCGCGCGCGCCGUCUGGGAGGUUUGUCGGCGGCGGUUUCUGUGAAUCGCGCCCACGCGUCACCCACGCGCUGGCCCCACCCACGGGCUGUCGCGAUUUCCAAUUUAGCGAUGCAGUGGCGUUGCAUUUCGCCCCGUUUGCAACGUCCCGCUCGAGACCGUUUGCCCACGCCAGCCAAUUAUUCGCGCAAUGAAAACACGUAUAGAGCUGCGCCCAAAUUUGUCAUUAGGGAGCAUAGCAGUCGUCGGCGAAUUUUUUUCUGCUACAAAAAAAAUCACCGUUCUGUAAUUGUUUUGUGCAUGGUGUGCAAAAGUACUCGGCUCAUACUGUUUUCUUUUUCGUUGAGGCAGCUGGGAAAGUGAUCCGCACUUUGAAUAAAAUAUUUACAGUAUGCCACGAAUUCACAGGGAAAGAACAUCUCACACUGUGUGUUCUUUUCGGAGCAGUAACAGCGUCAGUUAACAGUGCCGGCGUAUUGUCUUCGGCUAUCUCCAGGUUCUUGAUCCGCCUUCAUACUAUAGCAAGUGCCGCACCCUCGGCUCGAGAAAACGUCAAAGUCAAUGCCGUUGCAAAAACAGCAAUGCAUGAGUCGUAAAUAUAUACCAGUCGUAGAACUUUCCUUCGUGCAUCCUCCAUUACUGCCCGAUUUCACCACCAAUUUAAAACUGUGAACAAAAAAGAGAGAAAAAAAAACGACCAUAUAUGCGGUUCGUUCAUUGCGCAAAAUUGCUGACUGGCUUUGCGAAAUGAAAACCAUGAGCGCAAAAAAUGCCCCAAUGCGUCGAGGAGUCUCUCCGAAGCUCGUCUUUAUUUUAUUUUAACCGAUGUAGUUGCGUGAAGUACUGUAAGCAUUGUGCUGCUUUUAGUCGAUAUUCCCGUGGGACAACUAGCUGCAGCAGCUGGAUAAAUGCGGGGACCCGAUUCAGCGUGCUAGAUCUUGUUUGAGUAAUGCAAAAGGCCUGAUCUCCAAGCGCGAACUGUAAGCGUGAUCUUACUACUGGCUUCACGCAUAUGCUUUAAGCUCGAGCCAGCUGCGAUUCCUCGGACAGGGAACUCAUAUGAUUCGCUAUCUCACGAUGGAUCAGACUUUCGUGUAGCGUUGUCCAAACUAACAAUAUUUGCGAUUCUAUUAUACAGCUUUUGUUAACGAAAAAGUUGUUCAAGAUUUAUCUUAACAGAAAGGACUCGAUAAUUCCAUGAGCUGAAAAAAAAAAAAAGCCGUGUGUGCUCUAAGCGAUACCACUGCGUCCGAGUCCUCCAACGGCCUGUAAUUGUGUCCACUGACAACUCAGAUAUGAUGAGUCUUCUUCCCUGCCGCGGAACGCAGGAUUGACACGCGUGUUUUAUCUUUGGAUGAUGCUCUUGCUGUGUGUAUUGUUGACACGGGUGCAGAUGUGUUCUAUGUAUACAUGUACGUAAACGUGCAUAUCAGCCUGACUACCGGAGCACGCGUUCAGUACGGUUGUAUACCACUUGUUGGCUCUUGUGGAUCAUAUGUUGACUGUUGAAAGGAUUAAUGUAGGCAGUGAGAAACAGUGCCCAGAUGCCCGGUGCUAUGCAUACCGAUUAAAAAAAAUGAAGAACCUGUAUACGAGUUGUGUUUCGAGACACCUAUCGCUCGCGCGAGUUGAGCGGAAUAAAUGUGUUGAAGCGUC